AUGACUGCUCCGAACAACGAGAAGCAGAAACUUGAAGAAGCAAGUGGUGGUCAGAAUUUCGGAGCUAUGGCUACUGAAAGCUGUUCGACCGCCGAGAAUACAAGGACCCUGAAGGAUCUUGUCCAGCUCCUCGCCUUAAAAGUGGAAAUCGACGAGCAGAACAAAACCAGCAGCUCAAUUACUGCGGAAAGCUUUGCAAAAAUCAUUCCUGAUUUUGACGGUGAAUCCAUACCGGUCAAGCAUUGGUUUGACAAUUUUGAGCAGAAUGUUGAAGCUUACGGUCUGAACAUAAAGCAAAUGUAUGUACAGGCUCGUGCCAAGAUGACGAAUACAGCAAAAUUGUUUUUGGAUUCUACUCACGUACACCAAUACACCGAGAUGCGCCUUUUGCUGGAGACGGAGUUUAGUCGUCAAUACGUGUGCAGCGCGGAUCUUUAUGAGCAGCUCCGUACUCGAAAAAAACGCAAGCAGGAAUCUUUUCACGAGUAUCUUUUGCAGAUGAGGAAAAUGGCAGCACUUGGCAGCAUAGAUGCACAGCUGCAGGAGCAGGGAAAUAAGCCGUUCCCGUCGAACGACAGUAGUUGGACCUCAAAGCAGAAAAAGCAGCACGAAUUUAACGACAAAAAGAGACAUUGCUUUAACUGUGGAUCUGCCGAUCAUUUUCGCAAGGAUUGCAAGGCCGCCACGAACAAAGAGGGUCAUAUGUCUAAAAAUUGCCCUGGAUUAGAUGCUGGUGUCCAAGUUGUGCGCAGUGCGAAUCGCAUGAAGAAGGUCACCCUUAACGGCGUCGAAUUGGAAUGCCUGGUAGAUACCGGCGCCAAUGUAUCCGUGUUGAGAAAGUUCAUCUUCAACAAAAUUCCUAAUGUUAUCGUGGAGAAAAGUGAAUCGAAGCUGCGUGAUCUGGGAAAGAAGAUCACAUGCCCAAUUGGACGUUUUUUUGCCGAUGUCGCGGUAGACGAUGUGACGACUUCACAAAGCUUCGUUGUCAUAGACGAUGAAGACAUUGAAUAUGAUGCGUUGCUCGGAUAUGAUUUCGUCUCUAAGUUCAACCUGUCAUUGUCUCCAGAAGGAUACAAGUUUUCUUCCCUGCAAAGGGAGAAAGCUUGUGAGGAACCAAAUCAGAUUAAUAUUUACAAUAUAAUUAAUACUAAUGACGAAAUCGAUGUUCCUUCCCAGUACGCAAAGGAAGUGUCUAUGCUGAUAAAAAACUACAAGGCAGCGGAUUUGGUAGCAGAGGUUCCAGACGGCGAGAUCAUCCCAUUUCGUCAGUCCCCGAGUCGAUUCGCCAUUGCCGAAGAAAAGGAUGUCGAGAAGCAGAUCGAUGAAUGGUUAGCUGCUGGAAUUAUACGCCCAUCUACAUCAAACUUUUCUAGUCGCCUGGUGCUGGUAACCAAAAAGGAUGGCACGCGUCGUAUUUGCGUUGAUUUUCGUAUACUGAAUAAGAUGGUGCUGAGGGACUGCUUUUUCGUUCCGGUAAACGACGACGUGCUGGAAAAGCUGCAAAAAGCGAGAUAUUUUACAGUGAUGGACUUGAAGAAUGGCUUCUUCCACGUUGCUAUAGAAGAGGACAGCAAGAAAUACACAGCAUUUAUUACCAAAUCAGGACUCUACGAAUUCAAUAGAACCCCUUUUGGAUUAAGGAACUCGCCGGCUGUUUUUAUUCGCUAUGUAAACCAUAUUUCAGCAGAGGAUCCAACCAAGUGGUUUAAGGCGGUACCACUGGCGCAGCGAGCAGUAAAUUCUCAUGUGCAUACAUCAACAAAGAAAUCACCAUUCCAGUUAAUGUUUGACGUGAAGAUGAACAAUAAUCGCAGCGAUCGUAUAAUACAGCUUUUAGAGGAUGAGUUAUAUUUACACUUUGAUGAGAACCGGCAGCAACUCAGGCAAGAGGCAAAGGCCAAUAUUCAGCGGGCACAGGAUUCAUACAAGAAGAAUUUUAAUCUGAAGCGGAAACCAGAAGAAUGGGGGUUCUAG